AAAAAAUUCAUUUAGCGCCAUUUUCAAAAGGAGACGACCUCUGAAAUAGAGUAUAAACGGACCGGAAGCGAAGUAAGUUUAGUAGACCUAAACAGCACCUGCUUUUCCCUCCAAAAAUGAAAAUCUACGUGUUCAUGAAGACUCCUUGCCCUGUCGGCCGUUCUGCCGCCGCGGCGGCGUUUUUUAUCACUAUUGCGCUACAGGAUCACGUGGUGAAGUUUUCCAGCGGACUGCGGGUGCAAGAAGUUGCGCGGCGGGCGGUGGCGCACGAAGUAGAUGAAGAGCAUGCUGGGAAGCAGGUUCUUCCCGGAGCACCAGCAUUGGGCGUUGCCACCAGUCCAGCCUAUCCAGACAACCUGGUAAACGCUGUGAGUGCCGCGGAUGAAAAAGUAAAAAAAAUUGACGUCGCCGACGGCGUAUGAGAGUGCACAACUCCCCCUCCCCCUCAUUUGUAAUGCAAAAGCGUAAAUCCAAGUGCUUCCCUGUGGCACUGUAUGCAUGAGAGAUUUUUCCGGUAGCCCAAAGAGCACUACACUAGGUGCAUGAACUUGUCAUGCUCAGGCUCCACGUGUGCUGGUGUUUGUAUUGCUGUUCAUGCAGUACAAAUGAGGGGGCGGGGGGGGGGUUGUGCACUGUCAUACGGCGCUACCCUAGCUGCAGCCUCUCAUGCGGUACACCAAGCCGUACCAAAUGUAAAAAUGUCUGGGUCUGGAAACUUGUGAUGCUGGGUGGCAUAUCAUGAGGAAACCACAAGUGCUGGCUCAGCAUGAGAAGUUUCUAAGCUUCUAGGUAUUGCCUAUUCUGCAUGACAAACUGCGUUUCUGCAUGACAGAAAAGUGGCGCUCUUGGGUAACGUGCAUGACAGAUUUGAGAGUCAUGCCAGACACGCAUGACAAACAUGGACUCUUCCAGACCCAGACAUUUUUACAUUUGAUAGGCCGGCGACGAAAACGACGCGUCGGCACGCGCUGGGGAGCCAAAUUGUUGCAACGUCGAAGGAGUAGACCACCGCACGACCUGGAAGGCAACCGAUGGUGCUUCCUGCCAGACGCUUUUCACUGCCCUCAACACGUUGAAAACGGCCUGGAAUACGCUUUCUCAAAAGGAUAUGGAUGUGUCCGGAUCGAAAUCGACAAAAUCGAAAAAUUUGUAAUGCCUAGAAUGUAGGGCAAGUAAGGCCUGUGUUGGGGAGCAGGCAAAUGAGACCGACUGCAAGCCUGUUUAGGGGAAGGCGAUGCGCUGCCAAAGUAGCACGACAGGAGCAGUCUUCUUUGCCCAAACAGCAUGACAGACUGGAUUUUGGUGCUCCCGAAAUUUGUCAUGCGCCACUUGGAAACUGAGGCCCCAAGUGGUAUCGAUUUUAUGCAUCACAAAUUAUUUCGAUUUUGUUGAUUUCGAUCCUGACACUCCCAUAAGAGAAAAGGGCAACGCUUUGAAUGCCGGUUCCGGCGUGCCCGUCGACCUCGAUCUGGCGGAAAAGUUUUGCAGAGAAGCGUAUCAAAUGCAAAUGUGUCUGGGUCUGGAAAAGUGGAGCAAACUUGUAAUGCGUGUCUGGUAUUCCUAGAAAAUCUGUGUUGCGUGAGCAGCAGAAGAGCCGCUUCCUUUGUCAUGCAAAAACGCGAUUUGUUUAUGCUUGUUAGACAUCAGAAAGCGUUACAAAAACUCGUCAUGCUUGGCUGCCAUUGCAAGCGUUGCAAUCAGCUGCAAAUCAGCAUCACAUGUUUCCAGACCCAGACAUAUUAGCAACGCAUAAAGCGGUACUUGCGAACGUCCGAGUCCUGGUGCGCGACCUGGAUGCCACGGCUAAUGCAACCGCUCAGGGGAAUGCCUGCACGGCGGUCACGAAUGUUAUCCGUCGGACUAAGAACUGGUGUUGCCAUUAUGAUACAGACGGCAUUACGACUAUCUGGUCGGACCCAACGGACAGAGCAGGGUCGCCUCUGAGCACAUUGUGCGCCAGGAUCGCCUCUGAGCAGAGCAACAUGGAGGCAAAAAUCAGCAAUCUUGGGGGUGUAUCAAAUGCAAAGAUGUCUGGGUGUGGAAGAUUGCCAGGUUUGUCAUGCUUGUCUGGCAUGACCAAAAAGUUUGUGAUGCGUGUCCAAGAAGAGACCCUUUUGCCUGUCAUGCAAAAACGCAGUCUGUCAUGCGAAAAACGCAACACAAGGAAGCGCAGAUAUUUCUCAUGCUUGCCUAUGCAUUACAGAGCAUUCACUAUUGCCAACGCAGCAUUACAAGUUUCGGUUUCCAGACCCAGACAUUUUUACAUUUGAUAGGGUGGCAUCCCCAUCGAUAGAAAUGCGGUUCCGCAGUGUGGGGAUUAUCCCACGAAAAAAGUGUUACAGUUACACAUUUGUUGGAACUUCAGCAACACAAGCUUGCUCUAGUACAUUACAGAGAAAACUUGCAAUGCAGUGAUCCUAAGGGAAAACGUGUAUGAAACGAGGCUCGCAUGGCUGAGGCUUUCCGGCAUGAGAGAGGUUGUCUGUCAUGCGCGUUCUGCAACGCAAUGUGUAGCUGUGAUACUUUUUUCUUUGCAUAGGGAUGGUAUCCCUUUUGAAAUUGCACGCUUCAUUACUAAGACCGAACUGGGUGCAGUGUGCGAGGCCUUCUUCAUGUGCCAUAUAAUGCACCUCCCUGAAGACGAAGUCAAUGAUGAUGAUGAUGAUGAUGAUGACAGUGCCGAGUCCGAGAUGUUGCCAGAUGGCAGGGUGAUGCCUGACAGUGCCGCGAACAAGGUGGAGCUCGAUGCUGCUUGCGCACUUCCACUUCCGCCCGCGGAGAAGAUCCCCGCUGCAGUAGAGCAUGAGGGGAACAAGGUUCUUUCCGGAGCACCAGCAUUGAGCGUUCUUGCCAGUCCAGCCUAUCCAGACAACCUGGUAAACGCUUAUGACCCGCUCAGACGUUACAAUCUCUAAUCGGUUACCAUAGAAUCUGGAGUUUGUAUUGCAUGAUGAGCAUGACAGAUUCGGGUUCUGCCAGCAUUCCACUUUCUGUAAUACAAAUUUUGCCAGAUAAAAAUUGUAGUGCGGUUCGGGACUCCGACUCCGGAACUUGUCAUGCGCAAUCCUAUAGGAUGUGGCUAGAUAAUGCAUUUCUUGCAUCACAGAUUUCCAUAUUCUAUGGUAACCGAUUUGAGAUAGAGAUUGUAACACCUGAGCAGGUUAUGACGCUGUGAGUGCCGCGGAUGAAAAAGUAAAAGAAAUUGACGUCGCCGACGGCGUAUGAGAGUGCACAACUCCCCCUCCCCGUCAUUUGUAAUGCAAAAGCCUAAAUCCAAGUGCUUCCCUGUGGCACUGUAUGCAUGAGAGAUUUUUCCGGAAGCCUAAAGAGUACUACACUAGGUCCAUGAACUUGUCGUGCACAGGCUCCACGUGUGCUGGUAUUUGUAUUGCUGUUGAUGCAGUACAAAUGAGGGGGCGGGGGGGGGGUUGUGCACUGUCACACGGCGCUACCCUAGCUGCUGCCUCUCGUGCGGUAGUGCAAGCCGGCGACGAAAACGAUGCGUCGGCACGCGCUGGGGAGCCAAAUUGUUGCAACUACGAAAAAGACCACUCUAUCACCUGGAAGGCAACCGAUGGUGCUUCCUGCCAGACGCUUUUCACUGCCUUCAACACGUUAAAAACGGCGUGGGAUACGGCUCCAGAAAGCGAAAAGGGCAAUGCUUUCUUGCAUUUCGGUGCCGUCGUGGGAACGGAUCUGGCGAAAUCGUUUUGCACAGAAGCGUAUGCAUUGCAAAAGUAUCUUCGCACUCGUAUAAAGAAAAUGCGUCACAAACUAUUUCCUCAGCAUGAGAAAUGAAAUUUGUAAUGCGGAUUUAGCUUGAGUAGAGCAAGGGCAUUAUAACUGCGAGUACUUACUACGAGUGCGAUACUUUUGCACAGGAUAAAGCGGCACUUGCGAACGCCCAACAACUGGUAGGCAACCUGGAUGCCACGGCUAAUGCAACCGCUCAGGGGAAUGCCUGCACGGCGGUCACGAACGUUAUCCAUCUAUCCAAGAUGAAAAAAACUGUGUAAGUGUAACUUUGAUGUGUUGCAGAAGAAAAUGCAAACCUGUUUUUAAUACACUUGUCAUGCUGCACAUGCAUCCUCGGUAGAGGCUAUUUAUUUCGUACUUGUUGUUUUCAAGUACUUGCUACGCAUGUAUUUUCUGUGUCAUGCAGAGCAAAGAACUAUGUGAAGAUCAUGCUAUUUUUCCUCGUCCAUAGAAGCUUACGCGUACGCAGUUUUUUCUUGCAUACCAUCGGACUAAGAACUACUGUUGCAGAGAGGAUACAGACGGGACUAAUGAUGCACAGAGGAUGCGGGAUAAGCUGCUCGGACCCGUCGGGUACCUCGGCACUGUCUGGUCGGACCCGACGGGCAGCAGCACAUUGUGCGCCAGGGUUGCCUCUGAGCAGAGCAAGAUGGAGGCAAAAAUCAGCAAUCUUGGGGAUAGCAUCACCUCCAUCGAUAAAAAUGCGGUUCCGCAGUGCGACUCCCCGCCCUUUAUUGCUAAGAGACUACUGGCCGGCGCAUCUGCCUUAACACUGUGCGGGGCCACCUUGGAGGGGAUGAAGGAACUUUCUUGGCGAAGAAGAAAGUCCGCUUCGAGGCCGUACGAUGUAGUUUUCUCCUCGGAGGGGCCUUUCAUUCCUCUGGGAGACGGAAGACGACGAUGAAGGGACCUUUCUUCUCAAUUGCUGUUAGAUGUAGGAACACGAUGUGUCAGUCAAUCUCGUGCUCGUCAUUCCUGGCGCCUUAGACCGCUCGGCCAAACUGUCGUCGACAUCCCCUAUGGAGUACGUAGAACUCGGCCGCUCUUCGUUCACGAUCCUUCAUUUUUCUUCUGCGACCAUCGAUCUUGAAAUUAGUAGUGCGCAAAUUUUUCUUAUACCACAUCACUUGUGCAGAUACUUAGGAAAGUUUUCCUCCGGUCGUUAUUUCACUACUAGUACAUCUCAUCAUUUCAUACGCGCGACUGACGUCACAUCAUGACGCGCUAACAUUCGACAUUAUUCCUCAACCUUGACUACAAGUGUCAUAGUCAUAGAAGUCAUAGUGGAUAUAAUAUCGAUGGUGAUGCUACAAUUUUGUAUACACUCAGUGUCUAUACACGACCACUCGCCUAGAGCAUGUUUCUAUCGCGUCAGUUGCACAUCACAAGACAGCUGACAGGACCUCUUUUUUUUUGGCUCGCAGUCUGGUGGGUAAAGACACAACUUAACUUCGCAUUGGAUAAGAC